AUUCUUAUUUUUAUUUCCAAUAACGUAAUUUACUCUCAUAUAAAUAAACAUUCUAUGAAAAUUUCCUGAGUCUGACUCUGAGAUCAUCAUCAUCAUCCUCACUUCCGGAUCAGCGGAAAAAUAAACAAUAAUUUUUUGUUUUCACCACUUGAAAUUUGCGAUCUUGGAUUUCAGAAGAAAAAAAAUCCUACAGGGGCCAAUCAGAAACCCUAGAUUCAUAAAAGGGAGAUUUUGUUUUCAGUGUAAUAUAACCGUAUUUCAGUUGAUUUUUCAGGAAGCGCGAGUUUCAGUUGAUUUUUUAUUCUGUUAUUUUGGGGAUCUCGAAUACCGAGAAAGAAAUCAAAUUUUGUUUUGUUGUUUAUCAUUGUUUGUUUUUCCCAUUGUUGGAGUUGGGGGUGUGAGAGUGUGGGAUUGGUGAGGGUGCAAUUGGGAAUUGGUGUGAGGAAUGAGAGGAGGGGCAUAAAUGUCUGCUCCAUUGGGUAUUGGAAUUCGUUCUGGAAGUUAUGGGUCUUUGGAUAAACAGGUACAUCAGAACGGGACUGCACGGAAGGCUUCAAAGAUGCUCAAGGAGAAGGAGAAGGAGAGGCUGUUCCUUUGGAUCUGCAAGUUCGCCGGCCGCAAGAAGGUCGGAAUGCUCUUCCUCUGCCUCAUCUCCGCCGCGGUUUUCAUCUGGGUUUUGUAUGUUGGAAAAGCUGAAGAUUCUCAGGACGGAAACACUGUGUCAAGCAUUAAUGUUAAUGAAAGUGUAUCUGCAAGUGAUUCUACAUCUGAGAACUCAACGACAAAUGCAAUGGGCUUAACUAAGAGAUCGGUAUUACCCCCUCCACCCGCGGGUUAUUUUUUGGGCUACCGUCUUCCUCCAGGGCAUCCGUGUAAUAGCUUCACACUCCCUCCCCCACCUGCUGAUAAAAAGCGUACUGGGCCACGUCCAUGCCCGGUGUGUUACCUUCCUGUGGAAGAAGCCAUUGGACUGAUGCCAGCCUUGCCCUCACCUUCACCAGUCCUUGGGAAUUUAACAUAUGUCUAUGAAGAAAAUUUAAGUAGAGAUGGAGAAUUUGGUGGUUCAGACUUUGGAGGGUAUCCUACUUUGAAGCAGAGAAAUGAUUCUUUUGAUAUACGAGAGUCGAUGAGUGUGCACUGUGGAUUUGUUAGAGGAAUUAAACCUGGUCGCAACACAGGAUUUGACAUUGAUGAAGCUGACCAUUUUGAAAUGGAGCAGUGUAAUGGAGUGGUUGUUGCAUCAGCCAUAUUUGGAAACUUUGACGAGAUAAAUGAGCCAAACAAUAUAAGUGAUUAUUCGAGGAAGACUGUAUGCUUCCUUAUGUUUGUUGAUGAAGAAACAGAAAAAUAUCUGAUUAGUUCUGGCAAAUUGGGAAUCAGCAAGAAAAUUGGUUUAUGGAGAAUUAUUGUUGCUCGUAAUCUUCCUUACCCAGAUGCAAGACGGACAGGAAAGAUUCCAAAGCUUCUGUUGCAUAGAUUGGUUCCGAAUGCUCGCUAUUCUAUAUGGCUUGAUGGGAAGCUUGAGCUUGUUGUGGAUCCAUAUCAAAUUCUUGAAAGGUUUUUGUGGAGAAAGAAUGCUACUUUUGCAAUAUCAAAACAUUAUAGACGCUUUGAUGUAUUCAUUGAGGCUGAGGCAAAUAAAGCUGCUGGAAAGUAUGAAAAUGCCUCUAUUGACUUUCAGAUAGAGUUUUACAAGAAUGAGGGAUUGACACCAUACACAGAGGCUAAGCUUCCUCUUAUAAGUGAUGUUCCUGAAGGAUGUGUGAUAGUACGAGAGCAUGUUCCUAUUAGCAACCUCUUUACUUGUCUUUGGUUCAAUGAAGUUGACCGAUUUACUUCAAGGGACCAGAUUAGUUUCUCAACCGUCAGGGACAAAAUUUUGUCGAGGGUAGAUUUUCAUUUUAACAUGUUCUUGGAUUGUGAGAGACGCAACUUUGUUGUUCAGAAAUACCACAGGGAUCUAUUGCUGCGCCUGGCUCCACCAGCUUCACCUCCUCCACCAUCUCCUCCUCCUCCUCCUCCAUUGCCUGUGCUUGAAACAUCACCUGAAAAGGGUGCAAACUCUCCCAUUAGAAGAGGCCCUGGAAGGCGUGGAAGAGAUCGAAGAGCUGGUUCACGGCACCACCGCAAAGUUGUUGCUGGAAGCAGAGAGAUGGAACCAAGUUAACAGUUUUGUUUGGGCGAGAUUAUAUUAUUAGUAGUUUUGUUUAAAAUUCCACCUACGGAAAUCAUUCGUUGCAGAGCUGGAGGGAAAAUGUGCAAGAUGAGUGUUGUAUUGUUUCCACAUAUAGACGCUCUCAUUCUUUUGACUAUCCGCAAUUGUCCAUUUUUGUUAAAUUUUUUGCUGUAUAUAUGGUAAUAUUUUCAAUAAUUAUACGUAGCAACUCAUUUUGCCAUUCCGCAAUAUUACAGAAAAAAGUGUACUUCCUCUGUUAUACUAUACUCCAAAGAUAUAUUCAAGACGGGUUAGUCUCCAUUAGGAGAGUGAAAAAUACAAGUUGUAUGUAGGACCCACCUGAAUUAUUUUUGGUGUAUAAUGGUCGAGUUUGAACUUAAGAUCUUGUGGGUAUUAUCUCAAACCUCUAUCACUAA